AAAAAUUUGAAAUUUUUUUUUAAAUACCUUAUAAUUUUAAUUUAAAAUCAUUAUUAAUGAUGAAUUUUGUUAGUUUAAAGAUUUACAAAUUUUCAAUCGCGGUUAUGUUUAUCCCUAAAUUAAUAUUUAAAAGUGAUUGAAGUGAGGUAAAUUAAACAAAUAUAGUGAUAACGUUAUCAGUUUUAUUAUUUAUUACACAUAAGUUUUAGAUAUUUUAAAUAAUUCAACAUGAAGAAUGAAGAAAGUAAAAAAAUCUUAGUCACUGGAUUUGGACCUUUUGGUAAACAUACAGUAAACGCCAGUUGGGAGGCAGUGAAGGAAUUAGAAAAAAUGUCUGAUGAUUUAAAUAUAAAAUAUGGUAUUCAAUUAAUUACGGAAAAUGUGCCUGUUGCUUAUGAUCAUGUUUCAAAACGAAUUCCUGAACUUUGGGAGCAACAUAAACCAAUAAUGGUUUUGCAUUUAGGAGUUUCUCAUCUAGCAAAAUGUCUAACAAUCGAAUGUAGAGCAUGUAAUAAAGGAUAUAAUAGACCAGAUGUAAAUAAUAAAUUAUUGAAUAAUAGUGAUAAUGUGGAAAAAUUAUUAAAAACAACAAUUGACGUUGAUACAUUAUGUUCAUAUGUAAAUAAUAAUUCAUCAAAAACUGGUUGUUUUGCCUGUAUUUCUGAAGAUGCUGGACGCUAUUUGUGUGAAUUUAUUUUUUAUAAUUCAUUGAACAUUAAUCCCGAACGUGCCUUAUUUAUUCACGUACCUGAAUUACAUAUAUACAACAGUAAUCAAACUGCUAAAGGAAUUUAUGACAUUAUUUGUCAUUUAAUAGAAUGCAAACAAAAUGAAUGAAUCAUUCAUUAUAAUUAUCGUCUGAUCUAAAUAUAUAUUAAUUAUAAAAAGCAGUAUUAAUGUAAAAUUAAAAAUUUAUAUUAAUAAAAAUGUAUAUUUUAAAAUUC